AUGACUUACUCGGCCCUGAAUACCCUCCUCAUACUGGGCGACGACUUGUCGCGAGUGAACCGUGACGCUGUGAUGGCAGGCAUCCUGGCCCUUCAGUCCGAAAACUCCAACUUCAUCAACGCGAGCCUCCUCUGCUACGAGUUCGAUGCACGGUUUGUCUUCAGUGCUGUUGCCAGCGCCUACAUUGUUGACCAGCUAGACAAAUUGGACACAGAGGCCUACGUUAGAUAUAUUACAAAGUCCUUGUUCUCUCCAACUCUGCAACCACAACUGUUUAUUGACACCCAUCUAGUUAUCCUCACCCUUUAA